AUGGACUCAACUUUGGAAUAUUAUUUUGAUUUUCUGUCACAGCCCUCCAGGGCUUUGUAUAUUUUACUAAAAGCAAGUGGUACGAAGUUUGAGGCGAAACCCAUCAACUUGCUGGAAGACAAGAGUUCAAACUACUUUUUGGAUUUAUUCCACUGUUUUAAUCUAAAUUGUUUGGCUAAAGAUCAAAUUUCCAAUGCUUUUUAUCCCAUUGACUUACAUCAAAGGGCACGAGUAGAUGAAUUCUUAUCAUGGCAACACACGGGUAUUCGUACUUCAUGCUCCCUUUAUUUUCGUUUUCAAUGGGUCCAGGAGAAAGCAUUUGGUUCACCUGCCUCAGAAGCUAAAGUGGCAAAAUAUCGCAAACUAAUGGAAAAGGAUUUAGACCUGAUGGAAAAUCUAUGGUUAAAAGAUACGGGAUAUUUAGCCGGUAAUAAAUUGACGGCAGCUGAUGUUUUUGGUGCAUGCGAAAUUGAACAAAUAAGAUGUUGUGGUUAUGAAAUUAAAAACAAAUAUCCCAAAAUAUACUCGUGGAUCGAAAAGGUACGCCAUGAGCUGCAUCCGUUUUUCAACGAAGCUCAUCGAAUGGUAUAUAUGUAUGAAAAGGAAACUAAAUCGAAAUUGUAA